AUGGCCCGUAAGCGCAAGAGCGUAGCUAGUACUGCUGACUUGUGCCCGCGGGAUCUCAACGAGAUCCCGUACAUCGCCUGGAUGAACAAGCAAAUCGCUGGCGGCCGCAAGCCCGCCGGACCUUUGCCGGAAGGAGCGCCUGGUGCGGGAGACACCUCGUUCGAGGCCCCGCGCGAUGUCCCUACCCGCGGACGCCGUCAUGCUGACCGUGUUGCCUCAUCCCGCGUCAACGACGAUGCUGCCUUCGCUGACGACGAUGACGCCGCCGACUCUGAUUACAACGAGUGCGACGACGCCUGCGACGACGACGCGGACUCUGGCGAGGAGGAGGACAAGGGCAUGUCCCCCUCCGAGGAUGAAGUUGACGCCGAUGAGGACGCCGAUGAAGACGAAGACGCUCCCGAGGAGGCCCAGCCUGCGACCCCGGCUCCCCGUCGUGGCCGUGCCUCUGCCGCUGCGGGAACCAAGACUGCUGCGAAGGGCGGGGAACCUCCGCGUGCGGCUGCCACUACUCGCAACCUGCAUCCUGACGAGCUCGGCCCCCUCCUCGGGAAGCAGGGCUCUCAGUACUGGGCCCGCCUCGCGCGCCAUCUCGAGCUGGAGAAUCCCGGGUGGGUGCGCGGCGUGAACGCGCUUCAGAAGCAGUGGCGCAAUCUCGUCAACAUGUACAAGCAGAUCAAGAAGGGGGAGAAGGCGAGCGGCAAGGGUGCCGUGUGCAAGCCCCACUGGUACCCGUACAUGGCUCUCUUCCAGAACAACAAGGCGGUGGGCAACCCUCACGCUGUCGACGGUGGAGAGACGGCAACGAUGGCCGCUGCCAAGCUGGUGUGCGAGACAAUCAAAGGCUGCCACUCUGACGCCAUGAGCAGGCUCGAAGGCCUUGUCCGCGCGCGGAUGGAGCAGGACGCGCCCGCGAACGCGUGCAGCAGCCCGCCCCCCCCCCCCGCCGGCCGGCGAUAA